UUUUUUUUUUUCUGAUCAUAUAUGCAAAGUUUUAUACCACGAACUAAGUUUCCUUAUGAUAGGGUUAUCAAUUGGUUUCCAGGUCAUAUGGCAAAAGGAUUACGACUUAUAUCUGAACGACUGAAUACGGUGGACCUAGUAGUGGAAGUUCGAGAUGCCCGUAUCCCUCUAUCUUCUAUCAAUCCCAAUUUUGAAAAAGUAGUUGGUCGAAAACCAAGACUUAUUAUUUACAACAAAUUCGAUCUUGCUUGUCCUGAUACAAAACAACCUGUGAUGAAUGCAUUUGCUAAACAUACACCUCAUACUCCUGUGCUUUUCACUAGUUGUGUAAGGGAUAGUCAUAUACGAGAUAUUCUUCAAUAUGCAGCGACUUUGGCAGAUCCAAUUCCUCAUGUCAAUCUUAUGGUAGUGGGUAUGCCAAAUGUGGGUAAAUCAUCAUUGAUUAACUCUUUACGACGAGUGGGCGUGGGCAAAGGCAAGGCAGCUCAGACUGGAGCACAACCUGGUGUGACAAGAACAGUAGUAGGAACGGUGAAGGUAUUAGAAGAUCCAGCGAUCUAUUUGAUAGAUACUCCUGGGGUGAUGGUACCUUAUAUUGCAGAUCCAAUCAAGAGUCUCAAGGUAGCAGUGACUGGAGGUAUCCGUGAUCAUCUGGCUGACGAACAAAUUAUGGUGGAUUAUAUUCUAUAUGAAUUGAACCGACGACAAGCGUAUGAUUAUAGCUCAUGGUAUCGUUUACCGGAUAACCAACCAACUAAUGAUGUGAAUGAUCUCUUAACAGGUGUUGCUCAUCGAAUCGGUGCGGUGGUCAAAGGUGGAGAACUGGAUAUGACAAUGGCAGCUAAAUUCUUUCUCAAGCAAUUUCGAUUGGGCAAACUAGGACGAUAUACUUUGGACGAUGUGACACCAAAUGCACUGGAUGAUUUUUUUGAACAGGUGAAACUUUAUAAUGGCAAUACAUCUUUACGAAACAAGUCAUCUUUAGACCUCAGUCGACGACAAGAAAAGAAAAGAGCGAAAUUGGCUUGGAGAAAGGAACAACAAAAGAAAUAUCAACAUGGUGGAAAACGACUUAAGCCUUCUGAAGAAGAAGAAGAAGAAAAAUAGAUAGAAUAGAUCAUUUACCUCCCUUGUCUCUCUCUCUCUCCCCACUGUAGUAUAGUAGUUUUAGAUAAAUAGAAAACAUUUUGUAUAUAGUGAUUUGAAAUAAAACAAUACUAAAAAAGAAUACCUUUAAUUGUAC